CGGAGCCAACAACCGGUUGAGGUCAGUGUUUAUGGCUCUCAAUAACUCCCAGAUUCCUUUCAGGAUCUGUUUAAUUUCUCAUGGAUUUACCGGCAGAUCUAAUUUUCGAAGUAUUUGUCCAUCCAAGGCUCGAUAUUUUGAUCGAAGAAGAUAUCUUCAAAACAGGUUUUAUACAAGUAGAUUGCUCCACUCUUAUGUAAGUAUGUGUCAACAUGUGCCUGGACUCUUAAUUAACAAACAAAGGUGCCCUUAUGGCACGCAUUGGGCCAUCACAAGGAAUAUUUACAUUUCUCAAAAUAAAAGACCUACAGCAGUUAACAGAUUGUUAUACAAUCGGAAAUGCUUUUCUGCCCGUUUCCUCUCUUCUAAACGUGUUGGACGUAAGUUUGAGAUCAAAAGUCGAAACUUGUUUGAUGUUUUAGAAGUAACUCCCAGGGCCCACAAUUCGGAAAUUAAGAAAUCUUUUUACCGUUUAUCGAAACGGUAUCAUCCUGAUAUGAAUAGAUCACAAGAAGCAGUUACAAAGUUUGCGGAAAUUUCUGCAGCUUACGAAAUCCUUAAAGACACUCAAAAACGGCGAAUGUAUGAGAGAGAACUGAUGAGCAACAAACAAAUAAGUUCUGAAGAGCUCAGGAGACACACCAGUGGAAGCAUGCAAGACCAUUACAAUAAACACCUUCAAAACAAAUCUCAGAUUAAGAGACGUGCUCUGAAAUAUGACGACGACUUUUGGGUUUAUUAUGGAUCUAUGAAAGACUCUAGGAAAUCUAGCCACGAAAAUUUGGAAGCAGUUUUAGAAAGAUAUAAAGAAGAGGAAAGACAUAGAAGAGCAAAAGGACUUCUUGGAGGAACGGUGGCCCUGGUUUUUUUAUUGACAGUUAUGUUUUGGAAAUAACAAACCGGUUGAGUUAAAAUUUGUUUUUGUAUAAUAAGGAAUUUUUGUGUUAUAUACUCAGUUAUUUUGGUCGUAGUUUCUUGAAACCUGCUGCCAUAAUAAAUUUAUUUCUGUUCUACAUAUACAGGGUGUCCACAAACUCUGGGUACAUGGGGAUUAACACAGGAAUUUCAACCAUGUUUCGUGGUCUGCUACCACAACAGCUCCUUUAUAGGAUCCAGUUAGCUCAAGACAUCAUCAGGAGGAACCGCGUCCGGUUUCGGCCCCUACUCAUCUACCGUUUUGACAAAUUAUUUAUUUUAACAAAUUAUUAUUUCUUAUAUUUGUUUAUGUUAUGAUAUUAUUUACUCCAUGUACCCAGACUUUGUGGACACCCUGUAUUGAUAUGUUACAGCUAAAGUUAUAUUAACAUUUAAAUAAAUUAUUAAAUAUUUGUUUAA